GCCGGGGGGCGCUGUUGAGCAGCCAAUGGAGUAAGACGUGUGAUUUGAGACUCCUGCAGAGUUUAUGAAGAUCGGAAGGAGACGCUGAAACGCUGUGACUCGGAGGAUGAUGAUGAUGAUGAUGAUGAUGAUGAUGAUAAUGAUGGUGUCUCCCGGAGCCCGACGAGGACAAACAUUAAAUUAACUCAACAAUCUCAACAACUAAGAAGAAAACGUGUCACAUUAAGGUAACUCUUAUAGGACUUUCUGAAACACCAUGAAGUGGCUUUUAUGUCUUUACAUCAUUGUGAUGGUUUACCUGCUGAUGCCACAGUGCCAAUCCUUCAUCGUCAUAGAAUCGAUGGUGAAUGAAGCCCUGACCUUCCCGUGUAACUGCUCAGGAAUUUGUCCAGCGGUUCAGUGGAGCCGCUUCAUUCCUGACAAAGUUGUCGUUGUUCACAGCUGGAUUUGUUCAAAACAAGAGAAUUUUAACAAAAGAUUUACACUACCAGGAGAUACAAGCAGAGGAGAUUUCUCCCUGAUGAUCAGUUCAGUAGCCUACAAUGAUGCAGGCUCUUACAUGUGCAGCUGUAAUGAAAAAUCAGUGACUGAAGUAAAGCUGAAAGUUAACAUUCCGACAGUUGUAAAGGCUUUCGAGGGGAAGAACGUCACUCUCCCAUGUUACGGAGACACUCGACAAGUCGUUAAAGAUGUAAAGUGGAAGAAAGAUGGACACAAGGUUCUGCUGUACACUCCUGCAAACAGAUGGAUGACUAAACAAAACAGAUUCACGAUGUCAGUAGAAGGCUUUCUAGACGGUGAUCUCUCUCUUUACAUCAGUCCAGUUCACCUGUCUGAUACAGGAUUAUAUCAGUGUCUCAUCCACGAUGAAUCUCAGGACGGAGAACCACGAGCUGUGUUACUGAAGGUAGAAGGUAACUCUUAUAGGACUUUCUUAAACACCAUGAAGUGGCUUUUAAUUUCUUGCAUCACUGUGAUGGUUUACCUGCUGAUGCCGCGGUGCCAACCCUUCAUCGUCAGAGAAUCGAUGGUGAAUGAAGCCCUGACCCUCCCGUGUAACUGCUCAGGAAACUGUCCAGUGGUUCGGUGGAGCCGCUUCAUUCCUAACAAAGCUGUCAUUGUUCAGCAGAUUUGUUCAAAACAAGAGAAUUUUAACAAAAGAUUUACACUACCAGGAGAUACAAGCAGAGGAGAUUUCUCCCUGAUGAUCAGUUCAGUAGCCUACACUGAUGCAGGCUCUUAUAUGUGCAGCUGUAAUAAAAAAUUAGUGACUGAAGUAAAGCUGAAAGUUAUCAUUCCGACAGUUGUAAAGGCUUUCGAGGGGAAGAACGUCACUCUCCCGUGUUACGGAGACACUCGACAAGUCAUUAAAGAUGUAAAGUGGAAGAAAGAUGGACACGAGGUUCUGCUGUACACUCCUGCAAACAGAUGGAUGACUAAACAAAACAGAUUCACGAUGUCAGUAGAAGGCUUUCUAGACGGUGAUCUCUCUCUUCACAUCAGUCCAGUUCACCUGUCUGAUACAGGAUUAUAUCAGUGUCUCAUCCACGAUGAAUCUCAGGACGCAGAACCACGAGCUGUGUUACUGAAGGGCAACAACAAUUCACAACCACCAAAAAUGUCCAGGAAGAGAAAACUUGAUGCAGAUGGAAGGCUGAUAAGUGACAGGCUCGACUAAGAACUCCAGCUGACGCGCUUGAUUCCUGUGCGGUUCCAUAGAGACAGCGGUGCGGACUGAUACAUUUUGGGUGCUGCGGCUUAUUAAAUAUAUG